AUGUUUAGCCCACACACACACACACACACACACGCACACACGCCCAGGGAAGCAUAGGGAUUACAAAGGCACAUAGAUUCAUAUGCUGCCUUGGGAUGGAGACGAGAAAACUAAGUACGAAGAAGCCUCACGGUAGCUGUGACCAAGGUACCAGUGCUGAAAAUGAAGCUCCAGCAGAACAACUCGGCAACAGCUCCAGUCGUCCUUUCUCUGUUUUAGUACGUCUGUAUGUGUAUGCGCUGCAUGGCUGCCUAUGUGAGGUGGCCUUCACUGCUGUGUGGGAUUGGUGCAGAACCCAAGACAGGAGGCUGGCAGGUCACAGCAGUCUAUGGGCUCUGCCCAUGUACGCCACAGCAAUCUAUCUCAUGGAGGGCCUGAGAGCAUGGCUGCUGGGUCAGCGUCAUCCACUGCCUGUGCGGCUAGCGGCCUACACUCUGUUCAUCUACCUGUGGGAGUUUAGCUGGGGGGCCGGGCUCAGGCUGCUCAGGGCCUGUCCCUGGGACUACUCAGGUUUUAAGUACAACCUGGGAGGAUUGGUGACUCUGGAGUACGCACUACCCUGGGCUGUGGCAGCGUUUAUAGCAGAGCAGCAUGUGAUCAGCAACACUCUGAGAAUAAGACUGCUCAACUGAGCUGGUAUCAGUGUGUUUUCAAAGAUGACCACAAAACAUUGACAAUUUGUGGGAACUUCUUGUGCUUGUUAUUUUCAUGUAGUGACCAACUUUGCUGACCAUAUUUUAUAUAUUAUAUUAUAUUACAAUAUUAAAAGAAAUUGUGUUGGGUCUUGAUUAAGUCCAUGAUGCCUUUAAACAAAAUCUCCAGCUGUUUAUUUGUUCUUCGAGUACAAUUUGAAAUCAACGUAGGUAUAUUUCUUUGACAACUGAAAGAAACUGAGGUGUAUCUUAAGACAUUUGACCAGAUAUGUAACUACAAAAAAAUGCACAUUUCAGUGUCAUUUCCAAAGCCUUCUCAUCAGAAAUGAUUGUCUGUUGUAACAGAAAA